UACCGUCCCCGCAACCAUGGCUCGCCCGUGUCCCGCCUCGCGCUGCAGACGCUGUCUUUCUUCCAACAUCCCUCCUCUUCCUCCCUGAGAAUCGCAUAUCUCGACGUUGUCAGCCCCAACUUGGAGUCCAACAAACACCUCCCUCAACAGUCUCACAAUGCCAAUCGAAGUCACCCGUAUGGCCGAAGCCGACAUCGACGGUGCAAUAGACACCAUCCAACAAGCCUUCGCCGACGACCCCUAUAACAAAUGGAUCUACCCCGACCGCUCAAAAAUCGACCUCACCCGCAACCGCUACUCCCUCACCCUCCGCUGCCGCUGGGGCAUAUCCCACGGCCUCUUCCACGUCGCACGCGACACCGCCAACCCCUCCAAAAUCCUCGGCUGCGCAAUGUGGCUCCCUCCCUCCCCCGCCUCCGCCCCGCAGUCCUGGUCCCUCUACCUCUCCUUCUGGGCCCUCUGGCUCAAUCAAAUUUACAUGAACCUCUGGUACGGCCGUGGUGGCCUCUCCACACGGCGCUACUGGAUCUGGAAAGAUCGCCAGGCCGAAGCACAGAAAGAAAUCUGGGACGAUCCCCAGGGGUACUAUUUCUGCAAUAUCGUUACUGUGCUGCCGGAGGCCCAGGGGAAGGGGGUGGGGAGGGCGCUGAUGGAGGAGGUGCUAAGCAUGGCGGAUAGGGAGGGAAGGAAAUGUUAUCUUGAGAGUAGUAGGAUGGUUCCGAAUCAAGCGAUUUAUGAGCGGUUUGGAUUUAGGCUUGUGAGGGAGAUGGCGUGUCAGGAUCCGGAGGUGGAGGGUGCGGAGGGGAGGGUUAUGCUGUAUUGUAUGGUGAGGGAUCCGAAGGUGAAGGGAGAUGGAAAGCCGGGUGCGGAGUGAGGCGGGGGCGAAACGGCCUGGAGUGAGGUAUGGCGAUCGUGUUUGAAGCAUUGAACAAUAGCUGUGCUAUUUGGUGGAGGUGAUGGCACAAUAAGCACGAGCACACUGGCUUAAAGCCGAAUAGAUGAUUGAGGAAGGGGUUGUCCUAAUAUACCACGAGUUUUCAUGAAACACGUGGAAAGGGGAAAAAGACGAUACCCAUCGAGAUCCUUGGUUGGUUAUAUGUUAAUCUAUGAUCAAUCCUCGUCACAAGCGCGGGGGGGC